AUGGCACCCUCCGAGUACACUUCUCUCCCCAGCUUCGACGACCUCCCAGCAGUAGAGGGCAUGCCCCAAGGCUGCGCUUGGGGGGUCUUCGACAAAGACGGACAGAAAGACCACAUCGGGUGCCUGAACCUCCUCACGCCGUCUGUAGUCCAGGCGGCGCUCAAAGAAGCGGAGGAGGGUUAUUCGGUGUCACUGAACUGGCCGAUCAACGCGAUUCACACGCCCGGAUUCCAGCGCGCAGGCCUGCAGCACAAGGUGGCUUCAUUCCAGGAUACACCGUUUAAAUUGCACGGAUUUGACGACGAGGUGUCGUUUAACACGCAGUGCUCGAGCCAGUGGGAUAGUCUGGUGCAUUAUGGACACCAGCCGACUGGGUGUGGCUACAACGGGGUGAAGCCGAGUAAGGAGGCGCUGAUACAGGCGGAUACGCCGUUUGAGAAGGACCGCGAACUACCGACACUGGAUCAUUGGCAUUCGCGGGGGGGUCUGGUUGGGCGUGGUGUUUUGCUGGAUUAUAAGGCUUGGGCGGAUGCGCAGGGUCGUGUGUAUUCACCGUUCGACGCACAUAAGAUUACGGUGAAGGAGCUGGAGGAGAUUGCAAGGUGGGAACGGGUUGAGCUGCGGCAGGGAGAUAUCCUGAUCAUUCGCAGUGGGUUUACGAAGGGGCUGACGGAGGCUGCGACGGGAGAGAAGCAGCGCGAGCUGAUGGCCAGCCACCGCACGGUUGGGGUGGAUGGGACGGUCGAUAGUGCGAAAUGGUUCUGGAAUCAUCAUUUUGCAGCUGUUGCUGGUGAUGCUAUUGCGUUUGAGCAGCUGCCUCCUGUGAAGGAGGAUGGGACUGAAGUAUUGCACCAGUACUUCCUGGGCAUGUUUGGACUCAACAUCGGAGAGCUCUGGGAUCUCGAGGCCCUGUCCAAGACCUGCGCUGGGAAGAAGAGAUACUCGUUCCUGCUCACCAGCUGUCCCUUGAAUGUUCCUGGUAGUGUGGGCAGUCCGCCAAACGCCCUAGCCAUUUUCUAG